AUGUCCCUGUCAUUGGUUAGUAUAUUUUCUUACGCUAACUGUAAUUUAAACUCUCGGAGUGCCAUUGAAGGUGAGCAAAUUUUGAAUGGUCACCAAAUAAUUCUAUGUGGCAAGAUUGAAACGGAGAAUACUAUACAUAUUAAAGCCCUAGUAUUACAGACAUCACAUAUACAUGAAUUGCCACAUGAAGUGAAUGGGGAAUUGGCUGGUGCUUCAGAAUGCUGCAAGCAUGUGGUGUCUGUUCUUCUGUUAUUGAACAGAACUCCAAUUGCUGAUUUGGAAACAUUGUCAUCAACUGAUGUAAAAUGCCAAUGGACAAAAUUAAGACAGCCGACAUUAACACAGUACAAACCAUUACCUGUGGAUCCGUUUGAUUGUUGUUAUAAAAAGACUUGUGAAAUGAAUGUUGAUAUUGAUGGAGAGACAGUUAGGUAUGGUUAA